UUAUUUCUAUAUUCCUUCAUAUUUUAUUUUAAUUAUUAUAUUUCCUCAGUGGAAUUUUGCUGGGCGCUGAACGUGACGCGCGUGGUGGCCCCGCCGUGGCUGGCGGUGGGGGGGUCGGGGGACCUGGAGUGUCAGUUCAGCCUGGGCAGCGAAACUCUUUACUCCAUCAAGUGGUACCAGGGCAUCAACGAGAUCUACAGGUACACGCCGGGCAAGGUCCGCACGCAGCAGGUCUUCCACAACAACUUCCUCUCCGUUGAUGUGAACAAGUCGUCGGGGGGCAAGGUGCACGUGACCAACGUGACGGUGGGGGCGGACGGAGCCUUCAGGUGCGAGGUGUCCGGAGAGGCGCCUAGGUUCUACACGGACUACGGCGUCGCUAACGUCCGGAUAAUAGCGCUGCCUACGUCAGGCCCUGAGCUGCGGGGUGUUCAGGAGCUGUACGCGCUUGACGACUGGGUGCAGCUCACAUGCAUCGCUAGCGAAACCCGACCAGCCCCGACACUCAACUUCUCUAUCAACGGCAAGGAGCCGCGGGCAGGCUGGCUGGAGCCGCCCUCCACAUCCGCAGGCGCGGACGGUCUCUUCACGACGACGCUGCGGCUGCGCUUCUACUUGCGCGAGCGCCUCAUCCAAGACGCUGCUGAUGGUGCUGUCAGGGUACGAUGCACGUCUCACGUGCCUGGGCUCUACCACGAGUCUACCGACGUGCUCCUACACACACGUGCCCGGCAGGCACGAGCCUCGGGGCACGAAGGGCGCGUCGCUGCUGGAGGGCGUCUCCUCACGAGCUACUUUUUGAACUUUCAGCUGGUUUUUGCCGCGCUUCUGACGAACGUCGCUCAGCAAUACCAUCACAGAUAAGCCCUGAGGAGAUCAUUAGGCUCCCAUUGCGGAUGAAAGCAACCACGUGAGCCCUCGCAUAUUUUCGAAUAAAUAAACAUAAACAGAUGAAACUAAAUGUAUUUCAAGAAGAGGAAGAAAACAAUUAAAAGGAAUGUAAAUUUUGGGGAUGUAAACUCGCAACAAAAUGCUAAGAUAAAGUUAAUAAUUACUAGGACAGUUUUUUUUACGGAAGGUUUUUAUGGCACAGUAAAUCUCCAUUAAUUAAUAACAAAUUUUAAUUAAAAAAUGUAAGUAAACUGGAAAUGAGUGAAUGGAGAAAAUGUAUUACGAUCCAGAAUGGAUAAAUAUUUUGCACAAUAUUUAUUUAAUUUGUAUAUAUUGUAUCAACUACUUUAUAUUACCGUUCAAUUUCAUACUCUAUGUACAUAAUAAUCAUCAGGUAUUGAAUCUUGAAGCUUUAAGGUCAUAGUUAUGAACGCCAUAGUUCUUAUACGGGUCCUGGGUAAAGCAUUAAUAUUUAAUUAAUGGCUGGCAUGCCAAUGUCUGUUUCAUAAUUUAGUUCCAUGUAUUAAUUGCAAACUCUGAUAUGAAUGCUCAAAACGCAUGACUAUUAUGUGGCUCAUGGUAAUCGUAAGUUGUGUUAUGAUGUCCAAUUUAGUUAUGAAUUAUUAAUGACUUGAGAUUUUUCGCCAUCUUAUCUUACAUAUGUUUGAGCCACGUGUCUGAUAGCGAAAUCUGUGUAUACAACUAAACUUCCUUAGUUUCUAUACCUUCUUUUCCAGCAAAUAACAGAUCAUGAAUUAUUGUAAAAUUUUUCAAUUAUCUAUUAUACAUUCACGAAACUCCCGUCCAAGAUUCUCAAAAAAAGUGAAAACAUAAUAACUUUCAAGACAUUCUUGCAGGUCCUCGAUGAAUACAUAUAUGAGUUCAAGUCAGAACUAUUGUAUAUAUCGCUGUAAAAUUACAAAGAUCAAGCAGUAAAGUUGCAUUUUAAUUCAACUGUGGAUAUUUUCGCAAGUUAACCAAGUUAGAAAACCAGAGCGCUCUGUCGGCGUUUAAUUUGGGCACGAUCAGGCUACCUCCAAGAGUCGCCACAAUCGUGAAUACAAUAUAAGAAUUAAAGACGUGAAUACAAUACAAGAAUUAAAGACGUGAAUACAAUGCAAGAAUUAAAGACGCGAAUACAAUACAAGAAUUAAAGACGCGAAUACAAUACAAGAAUUAAAGACGCGAAUACAAUACAAGAAUUAAAGACGCGAAUACAAUACAAGAAUUAAAGACGCGAAUACAAUACAAGAAUUAAAGACGCGAAUACAAUACAAGAAUUAAAGACGCGAAUACAAUACUAUAAUUAAAGACGUGAAUACAAUACUAUAAUUAAAGACGUGAAUACAAUACAAGUCUCACUUGAACGUCCCGUGAUGCUCUAUUUCCUUUUUAUGAGACUAUAAUUAUACAAUCAGAUUAACCUAGCCAGCGCGAAUGCCGGAAUGUACAAAAGCCAGUAAUUAAUGUAAGCAUUUGGUCAUGUUUGUCAAAAAUCCAAGAACUAACUAAUUUUGCUACUUUUCAAUGUAACGAUGUCCCAUGCCUGCUUCUGUCAGUAAAGAAAAUAAAGAGUUUAAUCAUGUAGAUAGAUAUACAUAAGGGACAAGGCUUGAAAACUUAUAGGAACAACAAAAGGAAUCCGAUUGAUAGCUAGCAGCUAAAAUGACAUUCCACUACGCGAGUUUGCGUGAGCAACUGCCUGUAAACUUACCGAAACAUGGAGAGGUUUAAUAACUUAUUCUUUCAUUAUUUUGUAUGUGAAACGUUAUUGAAACGUGAAUGAUGUAAGCAUAAGUAUCUGUGACUCCAAACGUACGGAUAUUUCCGCUUACAAAACCACCUGUUUUCGAAUAAAUACCUCUUUGUGGCCGUUAUAAGCGUUUCGAAAAUUUCUCAUUACGAUUUUGAAUUCUUCGGUUGUCACUCGUACGCCACAUUUUUCAGUCAUUUCCGUCGAAUUGUCUAUGGACGUACCAGGCCGUGCGGAUGAUUUCAAUUAUCACUUAUAUAUAAAAAAAAUAAAAACUUGUAUAUUAAAAAAUUAAUAUACAAAUUGUGGUCACACGCAUGCCCGUCACGCCUGUAUGGCGCCCUCAAUUUUGCCAAACGAUUUAGACGCAUUUCAAUUUUCCAAUAAAAAUUUUACUAAAAUUUGUCAGAAA